GUUUUAGAAAGUUGAGCCAUAAAGUGUGCAUUGUCGACCUGCGAAACAGCAAAUAAAGUUCAAUUAAAGAAUGGCUCGUUUUUCGACAAUAUUGGUCGUAGGUAUGUUGGUCGUCAUUACUUGUCAAAUCAGUGCACAAACUCUAGAUGAACGUUUGCAACAAUUUUCCAGCAGCUUUAUGCUAUUCAAAAGAGUCACAGAGACCAAAUUGACUCGUCUAGAGGCCAAAAACACUCAAUUGGAGACCCUUCUUGAACUCAAAAACCAAGAGCAUGAACUGCUUGCAGAAAAAGUGGCACAACUUGAGCUUUCCCUAAUGAAUGAGCAGCCAGCUUCUGCCAGCAAUUCUAAAACAGCCGCCAUACAUACAGAGGAAGUAAUCACUGUCACUAAUGGUGAAAAAGAUGGCCGCUGGGGACGCUUGGAAUCUUGUCCAACCGGUUCUCGUGCCACGGGCUAUCAGACGCAAAACAAAUUCGAAGCACUUUUCGAAGACGUCGACGAAACGGGCAUGAAUAUGCUAGUAAUCUUCUGUGAUGACUUGCUCAAAACAAAAAUCUCUUCCCCAGCAGGAUUUCUUGGCGAUUGGCAACCCAUUCGUGAAUGUGCUGGAGGUUCAUACAUGAAGAGUUUCCGGAUGCGAGUCAGUCCGGCUGGGCAAACGACGGACACAAACACCACUGACAACACGGCAAUAAAUAACAUACGUUUUAUGUGCUCCAACGGCCGUGAACUUAGAGGAGAAGGCAAUACCGGUGGAACCUGGGGCAAUUACAGCGCCGAAUGUGUAGAUGGCAUUUGCGGAAUGGAGACUCGCUUCCGUCCGGACGGUGGACUUUUAGUGGACAACACCGCUCUCAAUGACGUUCGCUUUACUUGUUGCACUGCAGCUGACCUCGAACUAGAUCAACAAUAGUAGAACAUUUCAAUUAUUAUUUUGAUUCUGUGAUUCUUAUUUUCUUUUAAAUCACGAAUAC